GUUUGUAUCUAAUGAUGCAGAAUUGCUUCUGUAAUUGUGCUGGCUAAUCAUAUUUUUCUCUGCACAUACUUAGCUUUGUGUGCUAAAAUAUGCAUAGCUGCUUAUGUAUUUACAUGCCAUAUUGAACUCUAGUGAAUGUCGGUUUAUUGUGGUCUUCCAGCAAACAAGAGGUAGUUCAGUUUGUAAGAAUAGUUUGUUUCUCUCUACCUUUAAUAGCUGUACUGUAGAAAGGUUAAGGUAUAAAAUAAAAGGUUGAAGUGGUAGGUGGAAAACAAAUUCUGAAUUAGUAAUCAGAGUAACUUUUAGUGGUUCUAAUUCAGUUGCACGUCACUGAAAAUUACAGAUUAAUUGGCAGGAGAGGUUUUACUACGUGCAAAUCUUCAGAAAGUGUGAUUGCGUCACAGCAUGUAGAUUGCGAGGUAGAACCAGGUUUCUUUAAAGUGUUAUUUAAAUAGUGCAGAAAGCCUUCUUUUUCUUUUUCCUUUGUUUUGUUUUUAAGGGGAAGGAGGCUUAUUUCCCUGGUUUAUGCAUAAUUCAGACCUCAGCAGUUUGCUAGCAUGGUUACUAUUUGGAAAUUGAAUCCUAGACUUGAUACUCAAUUAUAUGGGACUUCAUUCCUACCAACUUCCUGUAAUUCUAAACCUAUGGGUAAAAAUAUUAGUAGUCAUACGCUGCUGAGGAAAGUACGGACACAUUGACUCAGCUCAUGCAGCUGCAGCAGGAGUUGCUGUUUUAAACUUGGAAGUACUGGAAGUUUAUUAUUGUAUUCAUUUAUGCAAAUUACAGAAGGUAUAACUGAAACAAGGUCAGUAGUAUUUGUGAGUUGUUGCAGCUGAGGUCGUUGGAACAUGAGUGCUUUGUAAAUGAAUGCUUUUCUGACUGCAAGCCAUCAAAGACGGUCCAGAAACUGCAGUUCAACGAGUCGCUGACUUAUUUCAAGAGGUACAGUUGGCUUUUUUUUUAACACUAGUAUUUUGUAGAAAUUAGGUCAAAGACUGCAACUUCUAUGGACUUUUACUGCUGUGAUGUACUAGCUCUAGGUUCAGUGCAGCUGCCUGUAGCAUUUCUGCUGAAGGAUCUUUGUGGGUUUCAUUUGCUAACAUGCAUGGAAAUGAGAACAAAUGGCACGACGGUUAAGAUUGCAUUUUGCUACCCAAAGAAGCAACACAGAUCCAUUAUCGGAAACCUCUGAAGAUGUUUUGGAUAGUAACAAUUGUAUGUACUUCAAAAAGCUGCAGAACUCUGCACCUAAUGUUACACAAAUGAACCUGACUCCUAGACAGGUUGCUUAUGCACCUGUAAUGCCACAAGUAAUUAAUCAAGAGGAAAGUGCAACUGUUUCUUCACUGCAAAUAAAAAAGAGCACUUCACUGCACAUUUCCCUGCAGUCUAGAAAGUAUAGUGGAUGUCUUCGGGCUGGUGAUGCUGAACCUACUGGUGAAGACACUUCAUUCAUUGGUAUUGCUAAUGAAGGAAAUUGUGGCGCUAGAAUUGUGGUUGAUCAUCGAUCUAAUGAUAGCCUUCUGAGCAAUACUGUUCUGUGCAAUGGCAGCCUUAGCAGUAUUGCAGCCAGUGACAGUGGAUCGUUCAGCAGUGCUGGCAGUGACUACGGAUCAUGUGCAAGUACCGCAAGUGAUGGAGGUUCAUAUAGUAACAGUGUCAUCAGUGACAGUGGUAGUGGCACUCUUUCGACAGGUGAUGGUACUUUCUGUAGUAGUAUUCAUGGUGAUUCUUCAUAUAGAAGCACUGCAAACAAAUGUAAUCCCUAUAGGAGCAGCUCAUCUCGAGAAAGUCUGUGUAGAAAUAAUACUGCUUUUGACCAAGAUGCUUUGUCAGUAAGGAAGAAAACUAAAAUUCCAUUGCGACGUUGUUCAUCACUGGUUAUUUUUCCUAGGAGUCCUUCCAGUACUCCUCCAGCUUCACCAGUAAGCUCAGGUCAACUACCACAUAGAGGGUCCUAUCAAACAUCCCAUAAACUAAUUAUUUCUCCUAGUGACUUGGCACAAAAAGAAGAUCAAACCAUUUCCAAAGGAUUCCUUUCGACAGCAGUCAAUGGACUUCGACUGUCUAAAACAGUUUGCUCUUCUGACGAAGUCAGAGACAUUCGACCGCUUUACUUGAAUCCGUCUCUACAGGACAAAAGUCAAAUUUUGAACAGUUCCAAGCAGGCAACUUGUGAAGAAGUACCUGAUGGCUUCCCAUGUGUUUCAGUUCAUCUCUCUCGAAGAGCAUUUGCAUCAAGCAGUGAAAUGGUUAAUGGCUGUUGCAGUCCAGAGUUAAAUCUGAACUCCACUGCAAAAUACCCUCACUUAAAACUGGCACGUAGCACAUCUGCAUGUUUACCCUCAAAAAUCGAUCCAGAAUGUCAGAUUAAUAUAAAUGAACUAGAAAGACCAAAUGCACAGAUGAGCAAAACCCACCACGUUUUGCAAAGAAGUGUUUCGCUGGAAGGAUCACGUCAAAGAGUUUCUUGCUGUUUAUCCAGCAAGUGUCAUAGUGGAAGGACAUCUCAGUUGCACAUACAGUUCAAACCUGGGAAUGAAGGAAAACCAACUGUUGUUAAGAAAAGAUAUGGAACCUCUAAAAGGGAAAUGUCUAGUACUUCUUUGUGGAGGCCCCAUAAGACUCGAGAUGAUUUUCUUGGGCAAGUGGAUAUUCCUCUUUAUCAGUUACCGACAGAAAAUCCAAGUAUGGAGAGACCAUAUACAUUUAAGGAUUUUGUUCUUCAUCCAAGAAGCCAUAAAUCAAGAGUUAAAGGCCACCUUCGAUUAAAAAUGACAUACUUACCUAAAAGCAAUGGGUCUGAAGAAGAAACCACAGAACAGGCAGAAGAAUUAGAGCCUGGAUGGAUUAUAUUGGACCAACCAGAUGCUGCUAGCCAGCCACAGCAGCAGCAGCAGGAAUCUCCUCCGCUGCCUUCAGGCUGGGAAGAAAGGCAAGACAUCCUCGGGAGGACCUACUAUGUCAAUCACGAAUUCAGAAGAACACAGUGGAAAAGACCAACUGCUCAGGACAAUGUAGCUGUUGCAGACAUUGGUAGCGUGCAGUUGGAGGCCCAGCAUGUGUUCACUCAUCGUCGACAGAUAUCAGAGGAUACAGAAAAUCUCGACAACAGAGAUUCCCCCGAGAGCUGGGAAAUUAUAACUGAAGAUGAGGCAACAAUGUAUAGCAAUCAGAACCUUCAAAUACCUCUCUCUCAGAGUAAUUCUGACAUACAGACUCAUCUUGCAGAAGAAUUGAAUGCCAGACUUACUACCUCUGGAAGUUCAGCUACUGGCCAGUCAGCCACCUAUACUAACCAUUCCAGCAGAAGAGGGAGUCUGCAAACAUACAGAGUUGAAGAGCAGCCUGCACAUCCAGUGUUACUGCCUACUUCAUCUGGAUUACCCCCAGGCUGGGAAGAACGACAAGAUGAAAAAGGGAGGUCAUAUUAUAUAGAUCACAAUUCUAGAACCACUACCUGGGUAAAACCAGUUGUACAGACUGCUGUGGAAACAGGUCAGUUGUCAGCUACACAAAGCAUUUCUAUGGGAAGACAAUCACAAGCAACAUCAAGUGAUUCAUCACAACAGUCUUCCCAGCAGCAGCCUGAAAUGGAGCAAGGAUUUCUCCCUAAAGGCUGGGAAGUUCGACAUGCACCUAAUGGGAGACCAUUCUUUAUUGACCACAAUACCAAAACUACAACAUGGGAAGAUCCAAGACUGAAAAUUUCUGCUCAUCCGAGGAGAAAGACUUCCCUAGAUCCAGUAGACCUGGGUCCAUUACCACCAGGGUGGGAAGAAAGAACUCACACAGAUGGAAGAAUAUUCUUCAUAAACCACAAUACAAAGAAAACACAGUGGGAGGAUCCCCGACUGCAGAAUGUGGCAAUAACUGGACCAGCUGUGCCUUACUCCAGGGACUAUAAGCGGAAGUAUGAGUUCUUCAGAAAGAAAUUGAAGAAACAGAGUGAUAUUCCAAACAGAUUUGAAAUGAAAAUUCAUCGCACAACAAUCCUUGAAGAUUCCUAUAGAAGAAUUAUAGCUGUAAAGAGAGCAGAUUUUCUUAAAGCAAGACUUUGGAUUGAAUUUGAUGGUGAAAAAGGUUUAGACUAUGGAGGAGUGGCCAGGGAAUGGUUCUUCCUUCUCUCUAAAGAAAUGUUUAAUCCUUAUUAUGGAUUGUUUGAAUAUUCAGCAACAGAUAACUAUACUCUGCAGAUCAAUCCAAACUCUGGACUUUGCAAUGAAGAUCAUCUCUCUUAUUUCAAGUUUAUAGGUCGUGUAGCUGGAAUGGCUGUCUACCAUGGCAAACUUUUGGAUGCCUUUUUUAUUCGUCCUUUCUACAAGAUGAUGCUCCAAAAGCCAAUAACACUUCAUGAUAUGGAGUCUGUGGACAGUGAAUAUUACAAUUCUCUGAGAUGGAUUCUUGAAAAUGAUCCAACAGAACUGGACCUCAGAUAUGUAGUUGAUGAGGAACUUUUUGGUCAGACUCAUCAACAUGAACUGAAAAGUGGUGGGUCAGAAAUAGUUGUCACCAACAAGAACAAGAGAGACUACAUUCAUCUUGUAAUUCAGUGGAGAUUUGUGAGCAGAGUACAGAAACAAAUGUCAGCCUUUAAAGAGGGCUUUUUUGAACUAAUACCACAGGAUCUGAUUAAAAUCUUUGAUGAAAAUGAGCUAGAGUUAUUAAUGUGUGGACUGGGAGAUGUGGAUGUGGCUGAUUGGAAACUACAUACAAAAUACAAAAAUGGCUACAACAUAAACCAUCAAGUAAUACAAUGGUUCUGGAAGGCAGUCUUAAUGAUGGACUCUGAAAAGAGAAUAAGAUUACUUCAGUUUGUUACUGGCACAUCACGCGUACCUAUGAAUGGGUUUGCUGAACUGUAUGGUUCAAAUGGACCACAGUUGUUUACAGUUGAACAGUGGGGCACCCCUGAAAAACUGCCAAGAGCUCAUACCUGCUUUAAUCGCUUGGAUUUGCCUCCAUAUGACUCGUUUGAAGAUUUACGGGAUAAACUUCUUCUGGCGAUUGAAAAUACUCAGGGUUUUGAUGGGGUUGAUUAAGACAGACAUAAAUUGUAUUGGUCCAGUGCUGCAAUUUAAUUUUAAGGGUUUACAGACAAAUUUGAGUUCUCCAGGGACUACCAUUGUAUUUAGUCACAUGGCUAUUGAAUCUUCAUAGUAUUACUUGUAAGUAUGCAAAAUUCACUAACUUUUGAAAAUGUAUUUUGCCAUUUCCACGGUUUUGUGUACCUUGCUAAUGACUACAGUAUACGCGUUGGAUGGGCCAGUGCCAAGUAAGUCAACACCUAAAAUGUUUUUAAGCAGUUGCCUCUUCUACAGUAUUUGACAGACUGUCCGGCAGUAAACUACUGAAGUAAAACUGUGAAGAAGUCUUUGCGGAGGGUGUAAAUUUGUAUUGCUGCUUUAAGAGGAACAACUGAAAUUGUUAAACUGUUUUAAAAACCAAACCAACAAAAAACCAAAACCAACAAACUUCAUGUAAUGCAAUAUCAUAAUCUGUGCUGCUUCAAGCUGUUUGCUACCCAUCUGUCCAAAGCCUAUUAGUAAAAGGAAAGCAUUUGUUUGCAUUAUCAGCCAUCAGUUUGCAGAGCAUUGACUUGCUGACACAUUGUAUUUGUUAGAGUUCUAUUUCUAACUUGCUUUUGUUAAAACAGUGUAACAAAUCCAGGAUUUUUAUAUGAAACAGACAAGCAGCAUAAUUGUGUUGUAAUGAGUGAUCAUAUACUAUAUUUGAAUUUGUAUACUGUCAUUGGUUUAUUGUGUUCAUCACUUUUGAUAAAUUUGUAGUUCAGUGAUGGAUAAUAUUUUCAAUUCAGCCUUUUGCAACAAAGUAAUCUUAAAGUGAAAUUUGUAUGGAUAUCACUCAGUAUUAGUUAGUGAUAGAGGCCUUUAUUAUCCAUUCUUGCAGUAUUGCACUACAUAACAAUAAAGAACAUGUUUACAGGGGUUUCUGGGCCAAAUUCAGCAGUCUGAUGUGUGCACGCUUCUCUGAACUGCAUGGAGGUUAUGCACAUGUGAUCAGGUGCAGAAUUUGGUUCUGUAAUAUGUUUACAGGUUGUGCUAGUUUCUACAGCUGCAUUUUUAUAUUUUUUUUCCUCCACUGUUAGUCUAGAAACCAAAUUUGGUAAUACCGUAUAACCAAAGUCAUAGCCAACAAUGUGCAAUUGAUUGUAGAUCAACUUGUCAUAGAAAUACUAGGUUGAUUUCUUUUGUAAAUGUGGAUGUUUUUUGUAUUAACACUUUUUUUGAGCAAGUGCUGGGUAAAAUGAUUAGCAAAAUUGGUUCUGAAAGAAAAAACAGAUUUAUAUAC